AUGGCCGCUGUCGACCCAACAUACCCUCUCUACUCCAUCGCUUGCUUCCUGGCUGCGGCGAUGCUGCUCCUUGUACUCUUGACAAGCUUCAUCCGGCAAAGCUGGAACCUUGGCGUCGCUUUUUUGUGCUUCUGGCUCUUCUGGGAGAACCUCACUUUGGGGAUCAACCGUAUCAUAUGGUCCGAUAACGCCGACAUCAAGUUAUACGUUUAUUGUGAUAUCGUUUCGCAUCUCUUCAUGAUCACUCAUGUUGUCAAACCUAUGGCGACCUUAAUCAUAUCGCGCCGGCUAUAUCUCAUCACUCGUCUACAGGCUGUAGAACUCCCCAACAGAGCUGCGAAACGCAAAGAACUCGCAAUAGAGUGGACUCUUGGUUUAGUAAUUCCUCUCGUGGUUGCAGGACCCCUCUACUACGUAGUUCAGGACGACCGAUUUCAAGUCGAGGAGGGGUUUGGAUGUGAUAACUCUAAUGACGGUUCAGUACUCAGCAUAUUGCUCCUCGAGUUAUGGAGUGUAAUCCCUCCCCUGGUAUCCAUCGCCAUUUACUAUCCUCAUGUUGCUAGACUCUUCUAUCGCCAAAAUCGGGACAUCAACCACUUCCUACAGAGUAACGAUUCUGUGUCCCGGACAAACUACUUUCGCAUACUUGCUCUCGCCAGCAUCGAUAUUCUACUCACUUUGCCCUUAGGCAUCGUGAAUAUCGUCUUGGAUGUGAAAUGGACUUUGUCUUACGGUCCCACCCCAUUCUACUUCGGUUGGACAUACGACCACACGGACUGGCAGCCGGAAAGCUUCUCCUAUGCAUAUACGGUGGCACAAGGGGCCAGCGUGACAGACUUGUACUUCCAACAAUGGACAUCGCCCGUCCUCGCAUUCGCCAUCUUCGCACUCUUCGGCGUCACCUCGGAAGCCCGCGCAUCAUACUGGCGCGUCAUCUGCACCAUCGGCGGCUGGUUCGGCUGGAAACCGACUCCUCGCACUCGCAGGGCGCGUUCACCACUGGGAGACAUCGAGUUCGGCGAGCGGCCAGCUCAGAACUCCCUGUCGCUCGGUCUCGACUCGAAUCCGAGCUUCAUCAAUCGCAACGGACAGGCGCAGGAGCGUACACCGGGAGAGGUGGAGAGUGGCGCGGACAAAGAGUUCGAAGAGGUCCGUCGGAGCACCGACGGUGCAGUUAGAGAUGUCGAGCAUCAGUCUGGAUAUCAGGAGUCGCACCGUGCUGAAGCGGUGUAUGCCUCGAGCGCCGUGUAA